AUGGCAGCCACAUGGGUCAUUGCCUUGAUCCUGGUCGCAACAACCGUCAACGUUGUUGCAAAUACCAAUGACCUUGGUGUGAAUUGGGGGACGUUGACGUCCCACCCAAUUGAUCCCAAAGUAGUGGUUCAACUUCUUAAAGAUAAUGGCUUUAAAAAGGUUAAGCUUUUCGAUUCAGAUCCUCCUAUGGCGGGCUUCUUGGCCGGAACGGGGAUUGAGGUCACGCUUGGGAUCCCAAACGAUCAGCUUGAAUUCUUGUCUAUAGACUAUGAAUAUGCCAAGGAAUGGGUCAAAGAGAAUUGCACAUUGCAUCUUGGCCAUGGAGGUGUCGAUAUCAAGUACGUUGCGGUUGGGAAUGAGCCGUUUUUGACUAGCUACAAAGGGAGAUUUACCAAAACGGCGUUCCCGGCGAUGAAAAACAUCCAGAGGGCACUAAACGAAGAAGGUGUCGGGAAAAAAAUCAAAGCAGUAAUGCCUCUUAACGCAGAUGUUUAUGAAUCAAAAUCAGACAAACCGAGCGACGGAGUAUUCCGCGGUGAUAUAAGGGAUCUCAUGAACAAGAUUGUGCGUUUCUUGAUGGAUAAUAAUUCCCCAUUUGUGGUCAACAUAUACCCUUUCCUUAGUCUCUAUUUGAACAGCGACUUUCCUUCAGAUUUCGCCUUCUUUGACGGGGGGUACGCCAUUCAGGACAAAAAUGUUCAGUACACUAAUGUCUUCGAGGCGAACUUCGACACUCUUGUUUAUGCGUUGAAGAACGCUGGCACCCCGAAUUUGUCCAUCAUUGUGGGGGAAAUUGGGUGGCCAACAGAUGGCCACAAAGCAGCAAAUAAGGCCAAUGCUAAGAAGUUCUACGACGGUCUGUUCAGAGUUUUAGCAAGUGAUAAGGGAACCCCACUUCGUCCUGGGGAAAUACAGGUCUACCUGUUUGGCUUGUUCGAUGAGGACACCAAGAGCAUCGAACCGGGGAACUUCGAGAGGCACUGGGGAAUCUUCGACUUUGACGGAAAACCGAAAUUCGCAAUGGACAUGUCCGGUAACGGAGCUCACAAGGAAUUAGUAGGUGCCAAAGGGGUGAACUACUUGCCUAAGCAAUGGUGCGUGUUGGCAAGUUAUUCCACGGACCAAAACUUGAUCGAUGACCAGACGAGUUGGGCUUGCUCCAAAUCCGACUGCACCGCCCUCCAGGAUGGCGCGUCUUGUUCCGAUCUCGAUCCUAAGCGUAAGACCUCCUAUGCUUUUAACAGUUACUACCAGAUGAAUGACCAACAUGAAGAGGCCUGUGACUUCGAGGGUUUAGGCAUGAUUGUGAAGCAAAAUCCUUCCACAGAAUCUUGCAAAUUCAGUACUCAGAUAGAGGUUGAUGGAGCCACCAGGUUAAGUUUUGCGUAUGGUGCCAUUGCUUCUUUUAUUUCAUCAAUCACCUUGUUCAAUUUGUUAUAAGUUUGAGGCUCAAAUCCUCAAGGUUAUAUAACCUAAAUGGGUUUGGUCUACG